CUCUGUUAUAUUAUUUAAAUGUGACAUUUAAAUAAAUCAAUACAUUUUGAUGGAAAAUAAAGGUUUAGAGAAGGCUAUGUAUGUCUAGGCAAUAGACCAAGAUUGACCUUGGAUUGAAUUUGAAACUUCCUGUAAAAUGAAUAGAAAAAAAGCGAUGAAUGGGCCCAUUUGUACUUUUUUGUAAUUGAAAAUAAUUAUUUAAACUAAGGUACAAAUAUAUCGUGUGAACUGCAGUAUGGCUGCGCCAUGUGAGGCUGCACACUCUGGUACAGUACACUAGGUGGCAGUAUGGACCUCGAGUGGCUGUAAUCUGCCAAUGACAAGCUAAAGAAGAAGAACUGCGCCAGUUAAUCACAACAGAGCAUGAACGCAUGCUAUUGCAGUUAUUAAUUUUUUAAUUGUUACUUGAAUUUCAGUAAACGUUAAUCUAUAAUGCCACCAAAGGGAAAAGGUGGCAAGGGCGGUAAAGGAGCAGCUUCAGGAAGUGCAGACGCUGACAAGAAAGAGAAAGCACCAAAGGGAGGCACUGCUGUGAAGGUUCGACACAUCCUCUGUGAAAAACAUGGGAAAUGCAUGGAGGCAAUGGAGAAACUGAAGGCUGGAGUCCGUUUCAGUGAAGUAGCAAUACAGUACAGUGAAGACAAAGCAAGACAAGGAGGUGAUCUGGGCUGGAUGACGCGAGGAUCGAUGGUUGGACCUUUCCAGGAUGCAGCAUUUGUCCUUCCUGUCAGUUCCAUGGAUAAACCAGUCUACACAGACCCUCCUGUUAAGACAAAGUUUGGGUAUCACAUUAUUAUGGUAGAGGGGAAAAAGUGACGUGGGAUGGCUCAACACGUGAAAUUAGGGCAUACAAAUUCUACAGUGCGCUAUAUUGUGAAACUGAUUAUUUCCUGAUCUUACCGUUUCAAUGCAAUGUUUGGUUUUUAUUUUCCAGAAUGUUUAAGAAUAAGAAAAUUAAAUGAUCCCCAUGUGUCAACUUU